UUGACUGUCAAAGAAUGGAAGAAUUUAUGAGGAAGCUAGUACCAAGCAUUUGAAUGAAUAUGGAGAAGCUGGGUUGCGUACGUUGACGCUUGCUUAUAAAAAGCUUGAGGAGUCUGAGUAUUCUGCUUGGAACAAUGAAUUUCAAAAGCAAAAUCAUCUAUCGGGGCUGAUAGGGAGGUGAUGCUUGAGCGAGUAGCAGAGAAGAUGGAAAAAGACUUGAUCAUGGUUGGUGCUACAGCUGUGGAGGACAAAUUGCAAAAAAGGGCUGUGAUGGCCAGUGACUUUGCUAUUGCCCAGUUUCAGUUUUUGGAGAGACUUUUGGUUGUCCAUGGACAUUGGUGCUAUAAAAGGAUUGCUCAGAUGAUUUGCUACUUCUACAAAAAUAUAGCAUUUGGUCUGGUACAUGCUACUUUGAGGCAUUCACCGGAUAUUCAGGGUAAUCAAUAUAUGAUGACUGGUACAUGCUAUCGUUCAAUGUUAUUCUUACCUCAUUGCCUGUGUGUUGCAUUCUGCUUUUUUCUCCUUAUUUCUUAGUUUGAUUCUACGCAGGCUGAUGCUGCUGCUUCCAAGAAUACUUCAACCAUGACAAAGUCCU